UUUGAUUAUUGAGCACAUUCCAAAAAAUUAUUCUGACACCGCUAUAAGAUUAAUAAAUAUGUUUACUGCAUACACAUGGCAUAAUAUGUUGUAAAUAGAAAAAAACAACGCUUCAUCUAACAUACUGUUCGAGCAAGAAGCUCUCAAAGAUGACGUCGUUUUACGUUUCGAAUUUUCGGCCAUUUUUAGAGCCUUUCAGAGUACAUAAAAGUACAUUCUAGACAAAGCCCUAGUCUCGAAAUUUCAAUGGAGAACAUGUUAUAUCAAUGGAGGUAUGAAUGCUGGAAGAUGAACCAUAAGGUUUGUUCAACAAUGAAAAAUUAAAAUGUAUUUUCAAAACUAUUAGAGAUACAGACCUAAAAUUUGGAAAUUCUCCAUAAGUUUUUCCCGCAGUCAGCUGUCUCUAAGGAUUCUCGUAAUUGUCCAAAUGAACUUCGGCCAUAGCUUUAGCUCCUUAACGUACUGGUCAAUCAACAGGUCCCGACACACAAAACUUACAGCUCUCAUACGUUAUAUAUUUUUGAGUUACAGGCCUCCUCGAAUUUUUCCAUCCGGACGGUCACCGGCUUUAUCCAACGCGGAGGUACCGUCCACGUUAACCGCUUCUUCACAGGCUACAGCCGCUACACGAAGGCGGAUAGGACUGUACCUAAGCCGGCAUUCUAGCCGCUGCGACCGGGUCAAGUCCGACCAGUGACUUUAACUAUUCAAUUUCGCGAUAAUCGAUUUGUGUUUCUUUAUUUUUUUUGGGGGGGGGGGGCAGCUGCUUUAAUUCUGACGCCGUUUUUCCUGACUGACUUACAGAGACUCAUCCCGCGUUUCAGCCGCGUACCUCAUUCACCUGCCCCGUCCUGUCCAAUCCGGAAGUCCUCUCGGCACGUAACGGGGCAUCUGAUUGGUGGAUCAGUCUCCUAUCAUGACGGAGACACGUUCCCAUUUGAUGCUACUGUACGUUGCCGAUGCCGCAUAUUACUGCUGAUAAAGACCCGAAGUUCCUGUCAGCGUUCGUCGGAUACGCAGGUUAGGUCAUUCAAAUCCACCGGCUUCAGAACCUAAAUUGCCCUCGAUAGACAAAAUCUGUCAGCCAUCCCUACUUAUACCGUAAAUUCUAUCGUCUGAAAAUUUAUUGAAAAAUAUUAUUUAUUUACAGGGUAGUAACGGUUAUUAAAUACAUAAACAGAGUUUUUUAUGUUAUGUCACGCGUUUAUUCUGUGUGUUCUACUGUAUAGCAGUGUAAUGCUUGGAGUUUGUCUGUGCAGGGGAUCAUUUUUCAGCAAAUUUGUCUUCUCAAGUUGUGCUUGUGAGACUAUAUCCUAUAUUAAGGGUCAGUAGAAGUAAUCUUAGAGCAUUUCUCAGUUUUCUCUGCAAGAGCUUACAUUUAGGAAAUCAAGUUACAUCUAGGAAAUCAAAUCAAACAGCGUAAUUCCACCUGGAAGAUGUAUGGGUAACCCACUGUGUUACUCGCUAACACUAAAUGAGCUCUUCUGUUCCUUGUACUUGUGUUGGCUUUCAUCGAGGGCCAUGGGCUUCUCCAUCAGCUCACUGUCACGAGCUGAAGUGCGCUGUGCAAAGCCACUCGGUCCCGCGCUACCUCGCCGCACCUACCAGUAUGCGCCGAAAUACAACUACAAGUGGACUGAGGUCCACUACGAAGCGAGCCGUGGAAACCUGGACAAGCUGCGCAUGCUCCUCUUCACCUUGGACAGAGAACAGAUUGACAGGAGGGACUACUAUGGGAAAACACCUCUGUACUGGGCAGCGUACAAGGGUCAGAGGGCAUCCUUAGAGUUACUUCUGAGGCACGGAGCAGAUGUUAACGCCCAGUGUAAACAUGGCAGUACCCCUCUGCAUGCCACAGUGGGGCUAUUUCCCGAGUGUGCUCUCAUUCUCAUAAGGCAUGGGGCUGAUGUGGAUCUCCCAGAUGUCUGGGGGGUCACGCCCAUGUACCAAGCAGCUUGCAGUGGCCAGGUGCAGUGCAUCCAUCUGCUGGUUAGGGCUGGAGCCAGGAUCAACUACAAGAACAAGAAGACGGGCGAGGCUCCAAAGCAGCUGUCCGUCAGACCUGCUCUGCUGAACUGGCUGGAGAGCCUGUUGCGAGAGCCACACUCCCUCAAGCACCAGUGUCGUCAGGUGGUGCACCGUGCCCUGGGCCCGGCCCGCAUCUGGGCCCUGGGCUCCCUCCCACUACCUCCAGCUAUCAGGGACUACCUCAUGUUCCAGGAUCUGCAGAUCCCUGACAGUACAGGGCUGGGUCCUUCAGAGGAUCAGGCCUUUGGGUAAGGAGAACAAACCACCACCUGAGGAGAACAUUCAUCACUAAAGCUUUUUCUACAAAAUAAAAAUGCUUUUUGAUUGUUGGAGUCAUUGAGUGUGAUGUGGACCCAACACAGUGGAGGUGCUGUUAGCAUGAACUGGGCUUAAAUUUUUUGAACUCGCCAUUGAAUUUGUGAAUUUGUAAAAAAUCUGAGGAAGGAUUACUGAAGAAUAUAUUUCUACAAAGUA